AAGCAUUGAGGAACAAGUUGUACAAGAAUUGACAAAAAUCAUGGCAACGACGACCACGACAAUGAUACCGUCUACGCCGCCAACCGUGUCGAAGAACAUGGACAACCUAGUCGAGCCGGCGAGGGACGACCUGAUCGCCGGGUCGAACAAUGUCCUCAUCCUUGGGGAAGGCAACUUCAGUUUCGCGCACGCCGUAAGCGGGAUCGCUGAUGCCUCUAUCCUGGAGAGGUAUUUCGGUUUCACACCAGACACUGUCCUCGCCACCUCAUUCGACACAGAAGAGGAAUUGUGUGAGAAGUACCCUGAGUUCGUGCCUAUGCGGACUAGGAUAGCGGAACGUGCUUGUCAAAGCAGUCGUGCGAAUGCUGGCAAGCGAAAAAAAGUUGCAGCUGUAGAGAAACUUCAGCUAGAUGAAGAACGGCAAAAACAAGUUCCUCGUCCACGUGUGACACUGCAACAUGGUAUUGAUGCAGUGCAACUGACUGAGCCUGAGAAUUUCGACCAAGACCUCUUCUUCAACGCUGUCUGUUGGAAUCACCCUCACCUGGGUGCAGAGGAUUGCAGAUUGCAUAGGUUUUUGUUGGCUCAUUUCCUUCAUGGAGCUAAGAGGAGAUUGAAAAACUUUCCACUUGAAUCUUCUGUCAAAGGAGAUCACAACUACGAUAUUGGUACAACUAUCGACGUUCCUCCCCGUGUCAUAGUCGCCUUAGUCGUAGGCCAAGGUGAACGGUGGAACAUAGAAGAAGCCGCAAAAAAACAAGGCCUACGACUCCUUCAUAAAAGGCCGUUUUGGACCGACUCCUUCCCGAACUACGUCUGUAAGAGGAAUAAGAGUGGCAAGAGUUUCAAGAACAUGGAAACGAAAAAACAGUGGCGACCUGGACAGGUAACGCAAGAUGCAAGCAUGAAGAGUUUAGUGUGGACAUUUGUGGAUGCAGAGAUACCAGAGUUUAGUUUGGACAUAUCUGGUGCCAGCGCUUGUUCCACUGUAAAGCCUACCACAGCAGUCCUCGCUUCUCUUCAAGGUGGCAAUGGCGUCUCAGGAUCCUCUUCAACCCCGGUAUCAAAUUCCACGACGCCUCCGCGUCCUGUCACGACUAUUAAUACGACCUUUCAUUGUGAUGAUUGUGAUAGAUCUUUUCGGAGUGCGCAGGGCUUAAAAACACACCGACGACAGGUUCACGAGUUAAAGAAAUAUGCACAGGACUGCGCCAGCGCAAGUUCUUCUAGUGGUUCCGAUUUAGUGCCAUCAACAACCAGCAAGAACGUAAGUCCUGGCCCUUUCGUCCGUCUCACCUGUUCCCAAUGUCCUCCCAGUGCUCAAGGCUCUGCUGCACCUCGACGAGUGUUUUCCAGCGCCCAUGACUUGUGGCAGCAUCGGCUGAGUAAACACGGCUUCAGAGGACCACCACCGGGAGUUGAUGUGGUGAUAAAGCUGGAGAGUCAAUGUGGUGAUAAAGCUGGAGAGGAUUCCACUAGUACAACUGCGAGUGGAAGCGUCUCACCUGUGACGGUUUCGCACUCGAAGGAGGAAGAGACAGAAUCAAAGGUGCUGGAAUCAUUAUCAUCCCUAAUGUCUUCAGAAAGACCAGCCGCUUUAGAGCGGAUGUAUCUGCCAGGGGGUGACCACUUGACAAGAGACGUCUACGACGUGAUUCUGUGUGCUGACGCUCGUCACGACGCUGUAGAAGAUCCUAGGAAACCACAACUACAACCAGAUGCACAAGCAAGAACUUCCACUUCUUCUAUGGCAGAAGUUGUAACCGAACAAGAACAGAAACCUUCUGCAUCUGGUAGUCCAGAAGUCAUCCCGAAGAAAGCAUCAGUUCCAGCUUUCCGUCCAUGUCCUGUAUGUGGACAGGCAGUGUCAACUUCAUGGACAAUGCAGGACCAUAUCUCCACACUACGACCACUUUUGGGCAUGAACCUAGAGUGCUCCUAUAAAUGCGGCAAAACUUUCAUUGAGCAUCGUGCAAGGGCACAACAUGAAUUGUUUUGUCGACUGAAAAAUGGAGGUUCUUGUCGUGGGAAAAAGGACUAAACAGGCUAGAACUGAGACUGAUUUUUUCAAGUCUCCCUUAUUUGUUUCCCCGCGCUCUUUUCACUUUGCUAGAACCUGUCGACGCAUG